AUGGAAACUGAAGAAGAGCUCAACGGCGUCCGGUUUUCAUGGAAUGUAAUUCCAUCCACGGCCGAAGAGGCCAAAAAGGCCAUGGUGCCAAUUGGUGUCAUGUACCAGCCACUGUUGGACCGCGAAGAUCUUGCGAUAUUAUCACAGGAUCCCAUUGUAUGUCGCAACGAAGCGUGCAGAGCCAUUCUCAAUCCGUAUUGUAUGAUUGAUGCUCGUGGCCACAGCUGGAUCUGCCGGUUCUGUGGUAGCCGCAACGCCCUCCCUCCCUCGUAUAAUGUCUCAUCUCAGGAAACACUCCCGCGCGAACUUCUCCCGACAAACACGACGGUCGAAUAUGCGCUCAACCGCAAAGCCAAUGCACCGCUCGUGUUUCUCUUUGUAGUGGAUGUGUGCCAGGAUGACGAAAACAUGCAGGCCUUGCGCGACACCCUCUUGGUCUCGCUUUCACUGCUUCCACAAGACGCUUUGGUCGGCCUUAUUUCUUAUGGUAAGCAUGUCCACAUCCAUGAGCUCGGGUAUGCAGAUACCACCAAGACUCUUGCAUUCAAUGGCAAGAAAACAUACUCGGCAAAGCAGAUCCAAGAAGUUCUUGGGUUCUUGUCUCCUGAUUUGAGAGCGAAAAAGAAUCAGGGCCCCAACACUCGCCAAUCGUCUUUUGCUCAGCAAACAUCGGCCGCUGAAACUCUUUCCAAGUACCUGUUGCCACUGGCCACUGCAGAGUUUGCUCUCACAAACACCCUGGAGCAGCUCCAGCAGGAUACCUUUUCCGUCAAGGCCCACAACCGUCCACUUCGUGCCACAGGCCUUGCUCUCGACGUGGCCAUUAGCAUUCUUGAAACUGCCCUCCCCCAUACAGGGUCCCGUGUUAUGCUUUUUUCAGGAGGUCCUUGUACUACCGGCCCUGGGUUGGUGGUAGGAUGCCCCCACAAGGAAGCUAUCCGAUCACAUCAUGACAUUGAUGAAGACGAUGCUCCCCACUACAAGGCUGCCUGCAAGCACUACGAGAUGCUGUCGCGCCGUGCAUCGCGCAACGGCAUUGUGGUUGAUAUUUUUGCUGGCAGUUAUGACCAAAUCGGUCUUGAUGAAAUGAAACCCUUGAGCGACCAUACAGGAGGCGUCAUGGUGCUGACCGAUGCCUUCACUACGUCCAUCUUUAAGCAAAGUUUCUUGCGCGUCUUUACCAAAAAUGAUGAUGGCACUCUCGCCAUGGCCUUUGCUGCCAACUUUGAGGUUAAGCUGUCGCAAGAGCUGCGUGUAUCUGGACUUGUGGGCCACGCUGUGGGUCAAAACAACAAGACAGGGUACGUUGCGGAAACAGCUAUUGGUAUUGGUGGCACCAGCUCAUGGAAACUGUGUGGGCUAUCGCCCCGUAGCACCUAUGCUCUUUACUUUGAUUCCGUGGGGAAGACUCCGCCACCCAUUACCAAUGGUGCACCACCACAAGCGUUUGUACAGUUCAUCACGCACUACCAACACUCGAGCGGUAUGUUUAGAUUACGUGUUACCACAGUGGGCCGUGCACUGUCACAGCCCAACCAGGCCAAUGUUCUCAAGCAGUCGUUUGACCAAGAGGCUGCAGCAGCGCUGCUGGCGCGUUUGGCGGUGUACCGCCUAGCUACCCAGCACGAGCUGAUUGAGAAUAUCAUGAUGUGGCUGGACGCUACUCUGAUUAAAAUGUGCAAACACUUUGGAGAGUAUGCACGAGAUGAUCCUGGGUCGUUCCGGCUGAUACCCGAACUGGGCUAUUACUUCCCGCAGUUUAUUUAUCAUCUGCGUAGAAGCCAGUUUUUGCAGGUGUUUAACAACUCGCCGGACGAGACGGCAUACUACCGCCACGUGCUGCUGACAGAAGAUACCAACAAUUCGACGGUCAUGAUCCAGCCUACAUUGAUGGCCUACAGCAUUGAGAACCCGACGGAGGGUACGCCUGUACUUCUGGACUCGACAUCGCUACAGCCGGGGCGGAUUUUGUUGCUGGACACGUUUUUCCACCUGCUGAUUUACUACGGAGAGACGAUUGCUGCUUGGAAAAAGGCCGGGUACCAAGACCUGGACGAGUAUGCCAACUUCAAGACGAUGCUGCAGCAGCCGCGCAAGGACGCGAGCGAGCUGCUGGUGGAUCGAUUCCCACUGCCACGGUUUAUUGAGACGGAGGCCAAGGGAUCUCAAGCACGAUUCCUCAUGGCGCGGUUGAAUCCGACGCGGUCUGUGGGGAAUGCUACCGAAUUUGAUUACGGCUCAACAAUGGUUCUGACGGACGAUGUUAGUUUGCAAAAGUUUAUGGAGUAUUUGAUCAAGUACAGUGUUUCAUCGAAACAGAAGUUUUAG